AUGCUCGUCAAGAACUCCCUACUCCUGGCCGCGGCCCUGACCGCUGGCUCCGCCGUUGCCCGCCUCCACGGCCAUGAGCGCCGUCACGCCCACCCCAAGGCUGAGGUUGAGGUUCAGGAUGCCAGCCUUCCCGAGAUCGAGGCUGAGGUUGAGAAGCGUGCCGUUGGCGAUGUCGUGACUGCCACCAUCGACGGUGUCCUCGUCACCUGGAUCAACGAGUGGUCCGGUGAGGCCGCUGCCUCCUCUUCCACCUCCAGCGUCAUCCAGGUCCCUACCACCACUGCCCCAGCCUUCACUGCCACCCCUGCCGCCGUCGAGUCCACUGUCGUCCCGACUCCUACCCCCAGCACCAGCUCGGGUGGUGCCUGGUCCGACACUCCCUCCAGCGGCGAGUACUCUCGCUCCGGAUUUGGUGGUGUCUCAAAGUCCGUGACAACCGGCCUCCUCGACUGGGACUACAUUGGCAACGUCGGUGUCCCCUGGGGUAGCAACAUCAUUGAAGUCGAGGAGAGCGCCGCCAACCAGUACAAGCACGUGCUGCGCUUCGAGGGCAGCCAAUCCGAGCCCUGGACUGUCCUCUUCUGGAACACCUACGGCCCCAACAACAAGAUGGACGGAUUCUGGGCCCCCAACAAGGCACUUUCGUUUACCCUUGAGCCGAACGAGGUCAAGUACGUCGCCAUCGAUGACAACUCGCAGGGUGGCUGGGCUGCCUCCCCUGGCGAGGUCCCCACCACCAACUUCGGCCAGUACGCCGCCACCUGGGGUGAGUUCGACAUGAGCAGCGAGAAGAACGACGGCUUCUCCGGCUGGGAUGUCUCCUGCAUCAUCGCCGAGCUCAACGGCCUCGCGAUCCAGGGUAUGCGCAUCUGCAACCACCUCGGCCAGGACUGCUCCAGCAUUGGCGCAGGCCUGUCCUCCCUGCUCAACGCCUACACCAAGGCCGACCAGGGCAACGACCACCUGGCUGUCGCCCAGGCUUCCGGCCCCGUCCGUCUUGUGGUCCAGCUCGACUACGCCUAA